GGCGGUGGUGCAGAAUGCAGUGGGCUUCGAAGGUGGCGUUGGCCGAGCCGAUUUUCUCCGAGGAACUUGUACUCAACUAAUUAUAUAUAUCGAUGAUGGCUAAGAGCUAUAUGAAUAAUUCUCUUCCUCGCUAGGUUCUGAGUUUCAAUACGCUCGCUACAAGCUUAAACACAUAACCAGAAAAGACCCGAAUAAUGGCUACCUUAGUCGAGACACAAAUAUCAUCAAUCUAUCAUUCAAUCGAUACAAGCAAGACACAUCCUCACUUCUCUCGUUUUCCAGCGGCCAUCAGUAUAGCCAAUGAUGAGAUCGAGCAGACUUUAAGGGAACUUGGAGAAAGAGCGACGGAGCCUGGAACACGCGUGCGCCGUCGCAUUCAGAUCAGGCACACCUGCCCUUACGGCGAUCCAUUUGGCAUCUGCCAUGCUUCCGCUUUUCCCGAAAGACUGGUCUUGUUGGGGAGCAUCGUUGAGAUUAUGUGGGUUCAUGAUGAUAUCACCGAGGAAAUAGAUUUGAAGGAGGCUAUGGAGCAGCACGAGUUGCUUAAGAAGGUGCUCACCACUGACAUUGACUCAAAGACAUUUGAAUUUCAGAAUGAUCGACAAGUUCUGCUUGCCAAUAUUCUGCAGAAGGCAAUUCAGAUGGACCCGGAGGCAGCACCAACGAUGAUCCAGACUUUGCGGAACUACCUCGACACAUUCGACAAUCGAGAUGAUGACUUUGAUACAAUGUCGGAUUAUAUGCCAUACCGCAUUGCGAACUGUGGCUACUGGAUCUCAUCCUACUUCAUUCGUUGGGGUAUGGGAACUGUCCUGUCCGAAGAAGAUUACAAAUCCAUUCGGGAAUAUGAUAUCACUAUGGGUAACAUCCUGGGUUUGACCAAUGACUACUUCAGCUGGCAUGUUGAGAAAGAUCAACCUACUAGUCGCAUAAGGAACGGGGUCAGGGUUUUGAUGAAGCAGCAUAAUAUCCCAGCAGAAAUUGCCCAGAAGCUUCUUCUUGGAAUCAUCAUUGAAGAGGAGAGCAAGGCCGUAAAGCUUCGCGAGGAAAGACUCAAAACCCAUGCUUCACAAUCAGUUUUGGAAUAUAUUAAGGCAAUUGAGUUGUAUGUUGGAGGAAGUUGUUACUGGCACUCAACGGCACCAAGAUAUCAAAGAUUUGAAUGAGUUUGUCAAUGAUUUGUACUCAACCUACGUACCUCAAUUACGGCUCAAUAAUUCAAUUCCA